GAACAAAAAUCCCUGAGAUUCCCAAAUUUAUGUUGUCUCCCAAACUCCCCUCCCACAAUCUCUCAAUCCAUCUCUCUCCUCUGCCGUCUGCCCCAACAAGCAAGUAUACUGCGCAGGAGCUAAGAAAAGGAAAAGGAGUCCCUCCUAACUUAAUUUAUUCACAAAAUCUCUCCCUUCUCCUCUCUCCUCUCUCCUCUCGUGAGUAUCAUUUCUUUUUACAACUUUCUCUCUCCUCUCUUUCUCUCUCAUUUUAUUUUUCUUGUCAAAUCGCAUUCUCCUCUUUUUGUCAAAGCUUUAACCUUUUCUUCAACCUUCUGCUGCUGGCCUGCUGCAAUCUUUACUGUGUAUUGGGCUGGCAAGGUUUUUUAGCAAGGUGUGGCUCGUGAAGCCCCCGGAUAUUUGGGGUUCGGUUGUGAAAUGACAAUGGAUCGUACUUCCAAUAUGUCCCAGAGUUCAAGAUUCUCUUCCAUGAGCGCCAAUGAGAAUGGAUCUCCUUCCCCUUCAGGAGCCUUCUCAAAUGGAGAAGACUAUGACAGUGAUGGUGCCUCGAACUUUGCUCCACCUACACCAAUGACCCUGUCGAUGUCAAUUCCAGCUGAACUUGCUGGGGCUAUUCCCUUGAUCAAUAAAUUUCAGGUUGAGGGUUUUUUAAGAGCAAUGCAGAAACAGAUUCAGUCUUCUGGAAAACGUGGCUUCUUUUCCAAAAAAUCUUGUGGUCCUCAGAGUAGGGAGAAGUUCACUUUUGAAGAUAUGCUUUGUUUCCAGAAGGAUCCGAUUCCGACUUCUUUGCUUAAAAUCAAUAGUGAUUUGGUGACUCGUGCUACAAAGUUGUUUCAAACAAUUUUGAAGUACAUGGGAGUUGAUUCUUCAGAUAGAGUGACACCAACAAGCUUAGAUGAAAGUAUUGAACUGGUUGGAAAGCUGUAUAAGCACACCCUUAAGCGAUCAGAGCUGCGGGAUGAACUUUUUGUACAAAUUUCAAAGCAAACCAGGAAUAACCCAGACAGGCAAUAUCUGAUCAAAUCAUGGGAGCUCAUGUACUUAUGUGCAUCCUCGAUGCCUCCAAGCAAGGAAAUCGGUGCUUAUCUUUCUGAAUACGUCCACAAUGUUGCUUGUGGUGUCAAUAUAGACCCAGACAUUCAGUUGCUUGCUCAAAAUACCUUAAAUGCUUUAAAGAGUUCUAUUAAGGCUGGCCCCAGGCAAAUAAUACCUGGACGAGAAGAGAUUGAAGCUCUUUUGACUGGAAAAAGACUUACAACGAUUGUGUUCUUUCUGGAUGAAACGUUUGAAGAAAUUACCUAUGACAUGUCGACCACUGUAGCAGAUGCAGUUGAGGAACUUGCCGGAAUCAUCAAGCUCUCUGCAUAUUCUAGCUUCAGUUUGUUUGAAUUCCGCAAAGUUGUUGCAGGUUCUAAAUCAAGUGAUGCUGGAACGGAGGAGUAUAUUGGUUUAGAUGAAAACAAAUACAUAGGCGAUCUGCUUGCUGAGUUCAAAUCAGCAAAGGAGCGUAGCAGAGGUGAAAUUUUGCAUUGUAAACUGGUAUUCAAAAAGAAGCUGUUUCGGGAGGCAGAUGAAGCUGUUACUGACCCAAUGUUUGUGCAGCUGUCAUAUGUUCAACUGCAACAUGAUUAUAUACAGGGUAAUUACCCUGUUGGAAGGGAUGAUGCUGCACAAUUGUCUGCACUGCAGAUCUUGGUUGAGAUUGGAUUUGUCAGCCAGCCGGAGUCGUGCACUGAUUGGACUUCACUUUUAGAGAGAUUCUUACCAAGACAAAUUGCAAUUACUCGUGCAAAGCAGGACUGGGAGGUGGACAUUAUUUCUCGAUAUCACUUGAUGGAAAAAUUAACAAAGGAAGAUGCUAGGCAGCAGUUUUUAAGAAUCUUGAGACUCCUUCCCUAUGGCAAUUCAGUUUUUUUUAGCGUCCGCAAGAUUGAUGAUCCCAUUGGCCUUCUUCCUGGGAAGGUCAUUCUGGGAAUUAACAAGCGUGGGGUUCACUUUUUCCGGCCAGUUCCUAAAGAGUAUUUGCACUCUGCUGAACUUAGAGAUAUUAUGCAGUUUGGUAGCAGUAAUACUGCUGUGUUUUUCAAAAUGAGAGUUGCUGGUGUUCUCCACAUCUUCCAGUUUGAAACUAAGCAGGGAGAAGAAAUAUGCGUUGCUCUUCAGACACACAUAAAUGAUGUAAUGUUGCGCCGCUACUCCAAAGCAAGAGCUACUACCAAUAAUGCAACAAAUGGAGAUGUUCCGAACAAUUUGAAGUCUCCUGCUCCUGCUCUUGCUCCUGCUCCUACUGCAGAAGUUUAUGAAAAGCGUCUUCAAGAUUUGUACAAGGCUAUUGAAGAAUCUCAAAAGCACAUUGAUCGACUGUUAGGAGAGUUGCAGGAUAAACAAAAGAUAGAGGAGAAUUUGCAAGAAGAGUUGGAUGCAUUGAAAGAGUCCUUAAAGAUUGAGAGGGAAAAUUUGGGAAAGAUUACGGCUGAGCAUGACACACUCAACAACUUAUGUGAUGAAAAGGAAUCUGCUCUUCAGUCAGCAUUGUUGGAAAAGAACAGCCUGGAAGUGAGAUUAGCAAAGGUCAAUGAUCUACUAUCCAAGCAAAACAACCAGAGGGACUUGCCUGGAGAAAAUAAUCAGGAUUUACAUAAGAUACAAGAUGAGUUGAGAGUGCGGAGUGAAGAAUUACAUUCCGCUGAACAAACAGUGAAGAGAUUAGUAGAGGAGAAGUUUUCACUGGAACAGAAUAUUCGAAGGCUUGAAAGGAAACAUGCAGAGGAGAGGGAAAAUGCUGGAAAAGAUCUCGAUAAAGAACGUCAAACCUUGAAGCUUCGAGUUUCUGAACUUGAGAAGAGGCUGGAGGGGGUGAGACAUGAGCUUGAGAUCUCUGAGUCAAAGCUUGUUGCUAAGGAGUCAGAUUUGUCUGCAUUACAGAAUAGUCUGAAGGAGCUAGAAGAACUAAGGGAAAUGAAAGCAGAUGUGGAUAGAAAGAAUGAACAAACUGCAGCAAUCCUGAAGCUGCAAGCUGCGCAGCUGGCUGAGUUGGAAGGGCUAUACAAGGAAGAACAGGCAUUAAGGAAGAGAUAUUUUAACAUGAUAGAAGACAUGAAAGGCAAAAUUAGAGUCUAUUGUCGUGUUAGACCUCUAAGUGCCAAAGAAAAGACUGAUAACGAAAAGAACAUUGUUAUAAGUGCUGACGAGUUUACAGUUGAACAUCCAUGGAAAGAUGAAAGGGCUAAGCAACAUAUCUAUGAUCAUGUAUUUGAUGGAAGUGCAACCCAAGAAGAUGUUUUUGAGGAUACAAAGUAUUUAGUUCAAUCUGCUGUGGACGGAUACAAUGUUUGCAUAUUUGCUUAUGGUCAAACUGGUUCCGGAAAGACGUAUACCAUUUACGGAACAGAAAGUGAACCUGGACUUACCCCACGUGCCACUUCAGAACUUUUCAAGGUUUUGAAAAGAGACAACAAAAAGUUUUCAUUUUCAUUGAAGGCCUAUAUGUUGGAGCUAUAUCAAGAUACGUUAAUGGACCUCCUAUUACCAAAAAAUGCAAAGCGGUUGAAACUAGACAUCAAGAAAGAUUCAAAGGGGAUGGUAACUGUUGAAAACGCGUCAAUAGUACAUGUCUCCACAUUUGAGGAGUUGAAAUGUAUAAUUCAGAAAGGAUCCGAACAAAGGCAUAUAUCAGGGACACAAAUGAAUGAGCAAAGUUCAAGAUCUCAUUUAAUACUUUCAAUUGUUAUUGAAAGUACUAAUCUUCAAACACAAUCUGUAGCUAGAGGAAAGUUAAGUUUUGUUGAUCUUGCUGGCUCUGAACGAGUGAAGAAGUCAGGAUCUGCAGGCAAUCAAUUAAAGGAAGCGCAAAGCAUCAACAAGUCACUUUCGGCUCUUGGAGAUGUAAUUAGUGCAUUAUCAACCGGUGGACAACAUAUACCAUAUAGGAAUCACAAACUAACAAUGUUGAUGAGUGAUUCCCUUGGUGGCAAUGCUAAAACACUGAUGUUCGUUAAUGUGUCUCCUGCUGAAUCAAAUUUGGAUGAGACCUACAACUCUUUAGUGUAUGCAUCAAGAGUUCGAUCCAUCAUAAAUGAUCCAAACAAAAAUGUUUCCUCAAAAGAAGUUGCGAGAUUGAAAAAGCUUGUUGCUUAUUGGAAGGAACAAGCAGGUAGAAGAGGUGAUGAUGAAGACCUUGAGGAGAUACAAGAUGAAAGGCCUCCUCAGAAAGAUAAAACAGAUGGCCGUCACUCCAUGUAAGUCGUACAUUUAGCUCGAAGAAGAAGGUUCAAUUUUCAUGACCUGAAGAUACCUCGACUAUGCUUUGGGAGUUCCCCAGGUUUCGUCUUUUUUUGUGAUGGUUUAGGAUGUAGUUGAUCCACAAUGCCCUUGAACCAUCUUGCACGAGGUUUCAAUCUUUUCCACUUGCAGGGCUAUGGUGGUUAUGGGGAUGUUGAUUAGAUUGUAUAGGCAGAAAAUAUGAAAUAUGUGUAUAUUCUUUUUUCUUUUAAAAAGUUCUAUAAAUCUUUAUUUUGUACUAUAAUCCUUGAAAAUGAUUAGAUUAAUUUGUGUUACACAGUUAGGAAGAUUAGAAACUUAGUUUACAGUUGACAAACCAAGGUUCUUGUUUGUCUAAUUCCUUUCUAACUCUAAGAAGAUUUUCAUUGCCCUUUUGAAGGGAUAGCUAAUAUGUACUGAUGAUCCCGAUAUUAAAAUCUUUAAGCGCAAAGAUAAUAGGUUCUUUGUAAAUAUUCUUGGUACGGAGGAUAAUACAAUGUGGUCAAUUUCCAAUCUUCA